GUAGGAAAUUGUACUAUUUAUUUUGGAUCAGUUGUUCAAAGUGACGGUCCAGAGGAUUUUUAGCCAAUUGUCUUGAACGCAAAUAGCUCAAAAAGACAUUUCGACGUAGCGAGCAUCCAGAUGUUUCUUGGCGUUUUCCGACAUAGUAAGCAAGUCAGUGAACUGUCCUCGGUGAAUAUCGUCGGUGGUUACUUAACCUAUUGCGGUAGAAAGUCGUCGGCGAUUGUCGCGACCGAUGCAGUCUUUCCGUUACCACCGUAUUGGUUUGAAGGUUCGAUAAAAACCAUCGACGGUGCACGGGGUUAACGAUAACGGUCGCUAAGACGUGGAUCUUAUAUAUGGAUCUCGUUGAGGUGGUCCUCGGCGUUUCUUCUACGGCGAUGGACGCGUGGAUCAAAGUUUACGCGAUUGUCAACGCUCGCGAUAAAACGAACGCGCGAUAACCAACGAUCGAAAUCUGAAUACGACCAGUCGAGUUUGACUCUCCUUUACGAACUAAACUACUAAACGAAAGCUCGGUCAGCCGUGUUCCUUUUCUUCUUUUCUUUUCGGCGAGCAGUGGAUCGCGUGAGCCACGAUACGCACGCGAAAAUGGACGGCCUUGUUGAAAUUUUCCUCUUCUUCGGAGUUCUCUUCUAUUUUUUCAACUUUAGACAUGUACAGUGAGUCUUGUGUAAGAAGGGACCCUGGCUGUUAGACGUCGACGGGAUCGAAAUUCUUCCAAGCCGAGGCUCCCUCCUUGGUCGUGACCUCUCUCACUUGAUAUGGCCGAACAACAUGGUGGACGUAGUUUCGACACGUUUGCAAGAGGUGUACGCGAAAUGGGAGACCAGAACGGAAGUGAAGAGAAAUGCUGAAACGACCACAGCUCGAUUUCCAUUAAAGGAGUUUCAUCGAACGGGUCAUCUAUUGCAUAGCAAGAAGAUCCAAGAUAGAGAACAUUUGAAGAAGAUUAGGGAGAGUUCCCUGUUUCAGAUCAAAGAGACAGAACCGUUGACUGCCUGUAUUAAAGAAAAACCUCCAUUUUUACAGUAUUGUUGUAACGUUUGUACUCCGUCGUCUAAGGAUUCAUUGGUAAAUACAAUUAGCAAACAGCAUAUGCCCUUUGGUUUAAAUAUAUUGGAAAUUAGUCCAGGGUGUACACUUCUCUCCAAAAUAUUCCACUUUAUUUCACAUAUUUAUAACCGUAAAAUAUACGAUUAUACAAGAGUAACACAAACAGUUUUGAAUGACGAGAGGUUACAGGAAUCUAUAAAGUUGACUGCUUGGGAAGCAGUUAAUAAUGAAGGCUGUAGCGAGAAAGAGGCUUUGGCAACAGCAAAAGCUAGAGCCAAAACAAUAUUGCUUGAAAUGGAAAGCAGGCUAAGCAAUACUUUACUUAAAAUAACUGUAUGGAUUCUUUACAAAUUGUUACCAUGUUUUAUACAGUCUGCUAUAGUAUUACCUUCUCAAAUAGAGAUGUUGAAGAAGGCGAAUGAUACGGGUCUUCCUUUGAUAUUUCUUCCCUUACAUCGUAGUCAUCUAGAUUAUGUCAUGAUCAGCUUCAUUUUAUUGACGAAUGACAUUCGAAAUCCAUUGAUUGCGGCUGGAGAUAAUUUAAAAAUUCCAUUUUUUGGGUGGCUUUUACGAGGUUUAGGUGCAUUUUUUAUAAAACGUCGAAUUGAUCCAGUCGUGGGUCGUAAAGAUCUUCUUUAUCGUGCUACUCUUCACACAUACAUAGUGGAAAGCUUAAGGGCAGGCCAUAAUUUAGAAUUCUUUAUAGAGGGUGGGCGAACAAGAACUGGUAAACCAUGUAUGCCGAAAGGUGGCAUUUUAAGUGUCAUUAUUGAUGCAUACAUGGAUGGAACUGUUGAAGAUGCACUACUAAUACCUGUUGCAAUGAAUUAUGAGCGUCUUGUUGACGGAAAUUUUAUUAGAGAACAGCUAGGUCAACCAAAGAAACUGGAAACAUUUCGAUCUACAAUUAGGGCUAUGUGGGAAACCUUAAUGGGACAUUAUGGCAUUCUUAAAAUUGAUUUUUGUCAGCCGUUUUCGCUUAGGGAAAUGUUGAAAUCCUUUCAAACUCAACAAAAUAAAUUGACUAACAUAAAAACAGCUCCUGUUGAGAGACCUUUGAAGUAUACAAUGUCAACUUCAUCGCUUUAUGGUACAGACGUUGUUGUGGAAGAACACCGUCAGUUAGUAGAUAGUAUUGCACGACAUGUUGUAUAUGAUUCUUCUACCUCAACGCCGAUAAUGUCGACGAAUGUUGUUGCGUUUUUACUUUUAAACAAGUUUCGGGAUGGUUGUACAUUGGAUAAAUUAGUCGAAGCAUUUGAUUCAAUGAGACAAGAUUUAGAAUGCCGUAAUAGAGAUACUGCAUUCUGCGGAGAAAGUAUUGAUAUUAUAAAUCACGCUCUGGAUAUUUUAGGUCCAGGGUUAGUAAAGCAGCAAAGACAAGAAAUUACAGAAGCAGCUGACGGUCAGUUAAUAAAGUCGAAUGUUGUUACUGCGAUACGUCCUGUAUCAAUUUUGCCAAAUGUAAUUGAGCUAUCCUAUUACAGCAAUACAAUGCUAACAUGUUACGUUAUGGAUAGUAUAGUAGUAACAGCUUUGUAUGCUGAAUUGAAGUCACAGAUCAAUGAUCCAAUAGCCAUUGCUCAAAACAAUAUUACAGUAUCUCAAGAUUUAUUAAUUCAGAGAUCACUUAAGCUUUGUGAUAUCUUUAAGUACGAAUUUAUUUUCUGUAAACCAUGUCAAGAAUUAGAGCGCAUUGUUAUAGAAGCUAUAGAGAAUCUUUCAUAUACGAGUAUCAUUACAUUACAGGAGGAAUGUUAUUUAACCGAGGAGUUCUGGAGUCGAAGAUACGCGCAAAAAUUUGAUGAUAGUUCAGAUGAAGAACAUUGUAAUCAAAAUAGGGCUAAACAUAUUCAGUACAAAUUGAGCUUAGUACCAGAGGACGCGAAACGCAUGGAAUUUUUGCACACGUUAUUACGACCUUUAGUCGAUACCUAUACUUUCAGCGCCUUUACUCUUAAGAAACUAGUAGGACGGUCGCUUUCUGAAAAAGACCUCGUUCAAGAAGUUUUAAGUGAACUGAAAACGAAUUUAGAUCGUGGUAUUGUAAAUUAUGGUGAGAGUUUAUGCGUUGAUCCAAUAAAAAACUCGUUAAAGUUGUUCGAAAAAUGGAACGUUUUGGAAUGUCAUCCGCAGGAGAACAUUAAACUUUUCUAUCUAAAAGACGAGUAUGAUACAGACACAGCUGCAACGAGUAUCUAUGAAACUAUAGCAGCGUUUAAAUGGUUUAGAAACAUAAAUUAGAAAACAACCUACUCUAAACAAACAACUUCUACAUUGUACUAUUUUGUUGUAAAGAAAGAUUUUUAUAAAAUCUUGUACAUAGUGGUUCCCAAACAUUAAGUAAGAUAUAAUUCUACAGAAAAAAAACUGUUUAUUAGAACAUGUGAAUGGAAAUUUACAAAUUGUUCUACGAAGAUAGACUUCACGAAAUAGUUUAUAAAGUCAUAAUGAUAUACAGUUAUUAAUAUGAUCUGAGUUAUUUGAUUAAUUAUACGUACAAAGUCUUUAUAUACAUGGUUAAUGUGAUAUUACUAUACAUGAACAUUAAAAUAUUAUAGAUUUAUAAUUACUUCGUUAAUAAAAAUAAUCUUGUAUAAUAUUGGUUCGAGUAUCAGUGCAUUCUUGAUUAACAUUAAGAGGUUAUGCUUGAAAGAAUACAAAUAUUUUUAUUAUCUUCUUAUUAAAGAACACAGAUAAAUAACUAAAACAGCAAAUUUUAUACAAAACAUUCACGUUUUAUGUAUAUUAAUAUAAAAAAUAAAUAUAAUUAGGAAUAUGUCACCAACA